UCAUGAAAAACACUUCAACUAUCUUUCAAUGUCUAAAUAAAAAAUAAAAAUUUUCAUCAGCCGACGAAAUUUCAGUGUAACAAACAAUAUUUCUGUGUUUUCAUUUGUACGUUUCGAAAAAAAAUUUCUUAUUGAAUUAAAUCAACCGACCCCAUUCAUCCAACCGAUAAAAUUAAGUGUCAUGUCAGGCAUAUGGGACAAAAUAUGUGAAGUAUUCACCACACUAGUACGACCAUCAAGCCGCAAGACGCGCGUCACAUUCAGUCCAAGCACGUUGCAUCGCGAAAUUCUACGUCACACAAAAUUCUCCGCUUGUAGCAAUCCAUUUUUCAACUUUCUCGCCGAAGUGCGUAUGAAAGCCGGCGGUGGAGAUUUCACAAAUCUCGGCUGUGGCUCACUUUCACCGCGUGAAAGUGCGCGUAUCGCCAAAACGGCAGGACGUUUAUGGAAUGCAAUGUCGGAUGAACAAAAGCAACCGUAUCGCAGUAUCGCGAUGGAGCAACGUAAAUUGAAGCGAUUACGUCGAAGGCGUUCCCUGUUGACUGCUCGCAAGCGUAGACGACGCAAACCGCCAGUACAGUGUGGCUUUCUAUUGGCGCCUCCAUCUCAGAAGGAAACUCGUUCAUCAAGCACAUCGGUGAAUAGCGUGUGUGGUGAAUAUGAUGAAGUUGACGAUACAAGCAGUACUUGUUCGGAUGGAUUGGGCGGCAGAAUUUAGUGCAAAAUUUAUGUUGUUUUUCAUAAAGCGAAUCUCGUAUUUUGUUUGUGUCUAAUGUCGCCAAGCGCGCCAAAUAUUUUAUUUUUAUGUUUUUAUUGUAAGGCGAAAUUUUUGUUUUAAAAAAAUUUCAAUAAAAUCAUAUUUAAGUACAACA